AUGAGCCCAUCAGACCCGCCCAUCUUCAGGCCCUGCGACGAUGCCACUGGUUCGCCAUCCGGUAGCCGAUGUUGCAUGCAGCAGCAUGCCCAGGCCAGCACGGGAAAUCUCGUAUUCCCAGUCCAUGUCUUAAACCUCAUGACCCCCCCCCCCCCUCCUCCCUCGCCCGUCGUCGAUCCACACGCCGUCGUCUGCUCACCUGACUCGGCCGAGGGAUGCACUCAUCAGCCAUCACUCACACUUUCGAGACUCGGAUAUCCGGAUCUCAAGGUCAAAACCGAAAACCACACCUCCAUAAAACCACCACACCACAUCACACCACACCUCACACCAAAGCAACACAUAACAUACCUCAACACCGACAGAAUGCAGCUCAAGACCCUCCUCCCCUUCCUCGCCGCCGCAGCGACCCCGGCCGCGGCCCUCGGCAAGGCCACCGUCGUGAACAACUGCGCCGCCGAGGUCUCCCUCUGGUCCGUCGGCAGCGACGUCCGCGCCGCGGGCCCGCUCGCGCCGCGGGGCGGCUCCUACGCCGAGACCUUCGCGCGGGACCCCGUCACGGGCGGGCGCGCCCUCAAGGUGACGCGGGCGCGCGACGGGCUUUACACGGGCGCGCCGCAGCUCGUCUUCGCCUACACCCUCGACGCCGGCGGCGGCGGCGGCGUGUGGUACGACCUCAGCACGGUGUUCGGGGACGGCUUCAAGGGGAGCAAGGUCGUCGUCGCGAGCCGGCAGGCGACCUGUCCCGCCAUCGUCUGGCAGGGCGGCGUGAGCCCCGGGGGCAGCCAGGUCAAGGUGUGCACGGCGGAGCAGGAUGUUGUCUUGACGCUCUGUGCUUGA